CCACAAUUUGCUCCUCAGUGUGAAUUGUGAAGUAUUCCAAUUAUUGUCAUUUUAUUUUUCAUUUAAAUACUUUUUUAUUAAGGAAAGAGCAAAAUAUAUUAAAAUGAGUGGUUUAGUAAGAACAGCGCACCGAGUUAUUCAGAGUUGCAUAAAAAAUUCUGGUCUCACUGGAGCUAUAGUGUCCAGAACUCAAGCUCCCGUAAAGCGUGACUUUACUAGGGGAAUAUGGCACAUGAGUUGUUCCAAGAGGAUGGAUAGCUCGUACACAUCAGAUCUUCUAAAAAAUCACUCCAACACAUGCAGUUGUGGUUGUGGUCUCAAAGCUCUUCAUACUAAAGACCAACAAGACGAAAAAUCUCCAAAUCCUAAACCUCUGGGUGAACGGGAACUGGUAGAGUUUCUCACAGAGGAGAUAGUUGCUGAACGUAAAGCUCAGAAGGUGAAAACACUUCCUGGUGAAGUAGAAGGAUUCAAGGUUCAGGGAGAUGGUGCCGAGGUUGUUCUCACUAAGCAGUUGAAGGAUGAGAUUGUUAGAAUAACAUUCAAUGUGAACCACACUGUGGACACGGAAGAUUUUGGUGAUGAAGCCCAGCAGGAGAAACAGGAGUUCUCUGAAAUGAGAUCCAAACCCCAGUUUGAAGUGGACCUCGUCCGUGGUGACACCACUCUUGGCUUUACUUGUUCCUUCCUUCAGGACCAACCAUCUGCCAGUGCUGAUGAAUAUAAUGACAUCUUUGGUAUUGAUGAGGUGACUCUAUACAAGGGUGAAUGGUCGGACAAAGUGUAUGCUGUCGCCGGUGAUGUGCUCGAUGGGUAUCUCUAUGAUCUUUUGAUGAAUCUACUCGAAGAGAAAGGUAUCAGCAACGACUUUGUACAAAAAUUGUCUGACUUCAGCACAGCAUAUGAACAUACAGCCUACAUCAAUAUGCUGGAGGGUAUCUCAAAGUUUACUAUUGGAAAACAAUAAAACCUUCACAAUUGAUUUGUUUAAGACCUGAGUACCUAAUCUGUUGAACCCUCUACAAACACAGUUUAAAAAAAAGUCUGGAUAUAAAUAAAAGGUUCAAUAUUGUUAUUGUAAAAUAAAUGCAAGAUGAAAAACACAAAAAGUUUGAACGACUAUUACUAAGGGUUAAACAAAAGGGAUGUUUACAACAAGAAGUUGAAGCAUUUAUUUUGCUGUAGGAUAGCUUUAAAGAUUGUUUAGUUUAAAAAGUGAUGUUCUGUUAGUGUUACGUUUUUAGUUUGAAUAAAAGAUAUUCAAAUA